UAACCCUGCACUAGGGUAGUGUGCUGAGCAGGUGUGCACUGCUUUGCGGUUUGGGACGUGACCAGGACCGUGUCCCUUUAAACAGGCUGUGUGGAUGAUGACCGAUGUAACUGAUGAGAAGGCGGAUUAGCGACACUCUUCCUCCAGUCCGCUUCACUCACUCACUCCAUCUAUCCAUCCAUCCCUCGCUGUCGUCAGCUCGGCUCCCGCUGCAGGAACAUUAGCCCGGCCCAUGUAGGCUUGGAUCAUGGACUUCAACGUGAAAAAACUGGCGUCUGACGCUGGCGUCUUCUUCACGCGCGCCGUUCAGUUCACGGAGGAGAAGCUGGGUCAGGCAGAGAAAACUGAACUGGACGCUCAUCUGGAAAACCUGAUCGCUAGAGGAGACUGCACUAAGAACUGGACAGAGAAGAUCUUCAGGCAGACUGAGGUGCUGCUGCAGCCAAACCCUAGUGCCCGCAUUGAGGAGUUCUUCUAUGAGAAACUGGACAGAAAGAUCCCAACAAGAACCACCAAUGGUGAGCUGCUGGGACAGUACAUGCAGGAUGCUGCCAAGGACUUUGGACCUGGAACUGCGUAUGGAAGUACUUUGUACACCGUAGGAGACUAUCAGAAGAGGCUAGGAGGCGCAGAGAGAGAGUUCUUACAAGCAUCAGCUGUCAGCUUCCUCACUCCUCUCCGGAAUUUUCUAGAGGGUGACUGGAGAACCAUAUCGAAAGAAAGAAGGCUUUUGGAGAACCGCCGCCUUGACUUGGAUGUCUGCAAAGCACGCCUGAAGAAAGCCAAGCUGGCGGAAGCCAAGGCUGCUGCUGCACCUGAUUUUCAGGAGACUAGGCCCCGCAAUUAUGUUCUGUCUGCCAGUGCAUCUGCGCUGUGGAGUGAAGAGGUGGACAAAGCAGAGCAGGAACUGCGUGUGGCUCAGACUGAGUUUGACAGACAAGCUGAAGUGACCCGUCUCCUCCUAGAAGGCAUCAGCAGUACACACGUAAAUCAUUUGCGUUGCCUGCAUGAAUUUGUGGAGGCCCAGGCAGCUUACUAUGCCCAGUGUCACAAGCACAUGCAGGAUCUUCAGAAAGAGCUCAGUAGUGCAAAUGGGGAUACGUUUCCCAAUGCCUUUGCUGCUAACCCCUCCGCAUCAGCGAUUUCCACUUCCUCUACUCUGUCCAGUGCUGCUGUGCCUGGGGUCUCCCCUCCUGCUGCCUCUUCCAGCUCUCUGGACACACUGAAAAUUGAGGAGGUGAAGCCUCCAGCCACUGGCACACGCAAGGCCAAAGUGCUGUAUGACUACGACGCUGCAGACACAAGCGAACUCUCGCUGCUAGCUGACGAGCUCAUUACAGUCUACACAGUCCCAGGCAUGGAUCCAGACUGGCUCAUCGGAGAGCGGGGGAAUCAGAAAGGCAAGGUGCCGGUUACGUACCUGGAGUUGCUAAGUUAAAUGCUCAAACACAAACACAAACACCCAUGCACAGACAGGUAUUUGCACAUGGGAAGAUGGGAAGAUGCAAAGGUACCCUUACAGACACCGUUUCAAUGUAUUCCUGUAUUCCCCAAUGUAUUGUUGGGGUCAAAAUUAGUUUGUGGGAACGUAAUGGAAAAUUUGCAUGAGCAAAACUAUUCAAACAGACCUGAACACUCUGGGACUUCAUAUAUUUUGUGUUAGCUAGGUUCAGCUCAUUCAUUCCUAACCCAUACAUUUAAAAAGGCCUAAGAAGUCAGCUUACUGUGAGGCAUUUCAUAAGGAUAUGUUUAAAGAUCUCAGCUUCCAAGACACUGCAAAAAUAUAGAUGUAGAACGUAAAUAUGAUGCAGAAACAUCCUGCUUCUGGUCUGCGUCAUGUGACACCUGUGUCUUUGUGCAUCCCCUAUGCACAUCAGAGAUAUUCCUGUGAUUAUUAUCGACACUGCAGGUUUUCUGUUUCAAAAAUUGAAAAAAUGUUAAGUAUUUGAAUCGCAGUUUGAUUAUCAAAGAGUGCUAAAUACCAUCAGAGUUCAAAAACUAACUAGGAAUCAAGGAACUCUACAUGUAGAAAUGGAAAAGGUAAUAGAAAAAAAUUGAAAUAUUAGAUUUUCUAAUUGCCUUGUCUUUCCUUUUAAAUUAAUUUACCAACUAGCUUGUUUUUCUUUACCUCUGUUUGCCACCGCGGUUUAGUUACAGUUUAGUCAAAUCAGAAUAAGAGACAUAUUAUUAUAUGGUAGUUAUAUAGUGGAUCACCCUUCAUGUCAAUCCAUUAUAAAUAUUUAUUAAAGGAAUAAAACACUAUGGAGCCUGGGUAAAAUGUAAAAUGAAAAUAAUCAACCACCUCAAAGCUGAUUAUUUUCCUCUAAAUGCAUGCCUGAAGUACAGCUCUUAUACCACUGCAAUUUGCCAACUAUUACAGUUUUUCCUUAUUUAAGUACGAUAUUUAUAUUUCUAAUCAGUUUAGAGCUACCUUUAAGUCCACAAAACACACUAGAUCAGAUAUAAACAGUCGCUCCCCCCUUUUACUUGAAAUUAAUAAGACAGAAAAAGUGCAGCUUGUUACUGAGAAACCGCAGUGCAACGUCCUUCACUUUAUCCGCUUUACCUCUGUCUGUUACUGGCACUGGAGACUCCUUCUGUAAAUGUUAAAUAAACAUCUCCUUACUGUUUUUGUUUGUUAAAUAACGUUUUUUUUUUAUCUGUUUAUAAUUAGAUUAUGUGGCUAAUUUGGCAUAAAGGAAUUAAUUGUUGUGACUAAUCAAAUUUGAGAAUUCAACAAUGCUAUGGUUUAAUAUUGCUUCCACCACAAACCUCCCAACAAGCAAUAUGACACUGGGCAUCGUUCUACUUUUUCCUCCAUUGUUCUUUUCCCUUUGAGAAUUUAGGGAGAGUGUACUCACUUGAAGGGUGAGUCACAAAGGAAAAUGAUAACAGUUGGAAAUUCCCUUCCCAUGUACAUUCCGUAUUACCUUUUCCAUUCCUUGAUCCAUUUACAAUUUCCAAUUGCUUUUUGCAAAACACAUAACCUGGAUACAUUUCAUACUAAAUUGGAGAAAUCCCACUGAUGACAAAAUUUAGUGAGAGUAUAGACAUAAUCUGUUCAGAGAAAAAUAAUUGUCAAUCGUAUGAGGUCUAAAGGCUAACUCUUCCAAUUUGAUGUCUAAUUUAAACAUUCAGUUUAAAAUAUUCUGCCUGUGUAGCCUUAAAAAAGCAUCUGGAUUACGAAAUAUUCCCUUGUGUCCUAAAUAACAUUUUAUGUGUGUGUUAUUUUUUUUUAAAACCAAUUUUUCUUUCUAUCUGCAUCUCACCCAGUUAGAAGAAGCUAUUUAAAGAACACUAACAUUAGCUUAUUUACAUCAUGUUGUGAUGAAAUUGGUAGUGUUUGUGUGUUUUUGUGUGUUUUUAUUUUAUUGCCUGAAACUAGGUUGUUUUAAAGUGGCAGGAAAAACUGGUUUAGACCUUGGCUAUCUAAGAAGUGUCUUCAUUUGAAUUCGGUGUGACUGUAACUUUGGCAAGAUAUGCAUUACGUGUGGUUUAUGGGACUAUAGUUUGUAAAUGUUUCUCAGAAUGGGUCCAAUUAUAUUUAAUGUGAUAUUUCAUUUAUGUUCUCCAGUUACUACCCUGUGAACACCAUUACUCUCCCAUUUUUAGUCUUUCUUUCUUCAUCUGUGUAACUGAUGCUUGUUUAAAAAGAAAAAAAUUAAGCAAUGCAUACUGAAUGACUGAAACUUGAACAUAAUAAAGAGAGCUUUAUUGAAA